AUGGCUUCCGUGCAGAUCCAACCCGUGACGCCGUCGCCGGUCCCGGCGCUGUUGACGCCGUCGAGGGUGGUGCCUGUCGUCUCUAGCGAGAGAGAGGAGCAGGUCAUCUAUACGAUUGAUGGGCUACUAAGGGCGAGAGCUGCUGGCGAUAAGGCGGACGAACCCAUCGUGGCCUAUCCGGCGGAGGGGACGGAGUAUGCGUACUAUACGCCUCGUCAAUUGCAUACGUUUGUCGAGGCAGCGGCGGUUCACUAUUCGAAGGUGAUUCCGCAGCGAAGGUCCUCGCAGGAUGCGGUGCAGGUAGUGGGAUUGCUGGGUCCGUCGGACUUUGAGUAUCUCAUUACUUUGCUGGCGAUCUCGCGACUCGGCCAUACGGUUCUUCUCCUGUCGACGAGAAUCGCGGAAGAUGCGUACGUCAGCUUGGUGGAGAGCACCAAGACGACGUUCUUGGUGACGCAUGCCAGUUUUCAAAAGAUGGGCGAGAAUGUUGCCCAGCGAACGGGUGUCAUUCGGCAGUCUGUGCUGAGUCGAGAGGACUAUGAGCUGCCGGUUGCGGUGGACUUGCCUGCCGCUCAGCUUGAUGCCCAGACGGAGGCGAAACAUGUCUGCUGGGUCAUUCAUUCGAGCGGAUCGACUGGCCACCCGAAACCUAUCUACCAGACGCACUCGGGUGCCCUCCGCAACUAUGCCAACAACUUUGGCCUGCGUGGCUACAUCACCUUACCGUUGUUUCAUGCUCACGGCAUCAGUUGUCUGUUCCGUGCAGUCCACUCUCAGAAGCUGAUUUAUAUGUACAACGCAAACCUACCGCUGACGGCACCCUCCUUGCUCGCCACGCUGCACGAUCACCCGGAGAUAGAGGUUCUCUACGCGGUUCCGUACGCGCUCAAGCUCCUCUCGGAGACGGAGGAGGGACUGAAGAAGAUGGCGCGUCUGGAUCUGGUCAUGUUUGGCGGCUCCUCAUGCCCCAAGCCGAUUGGAGACAAGCUGGUGCAAAACGGCGUGCGUUUGGUGUCGCACUACGGCACAACCGAAACCGGUCAAUUGAUGACCUCCUUCCGCGAUCGAUCCGACUUAGACUGGGACUAUGUGCGUCCUGGACCAACACUGCUGCCUUAUCUUCGCUGGGAGGAACAGAUGCCGGGCAUCUAUGAGCUCUCUGUCUUGGAAGGCUGGCCAUCCAAGGUCGCCAGCAACCGGCCAAACGGGUCUUACGCAACAAAAGACCUUUUCGAGAAACACCCAACCAAAGAAAACGCAUGGCGCUAUUACGCUCGACUGGACGACACUCUUGUGCUUGAGAACGGCGAGAAGGCCAACCCGUUGGUCAUCGAGGGAGUGGCCCGGAACAAUCCUAACGUGGCCGAGGCGAUCGCCUUCGGGGCCAACAAGCCACGACUGGGCUUGUUCUUGGUCCAUGCCGAGAACAGCAGCAAGACCGACGGAGAGCUCGUCGACUCGGCAUUCCCCGCGAUCGAACAAUGCAAUGCGGAAUCGCCCGCGUAUGCCUACAUCUCUCGUGACAUGAUUCGCGUCCUCCCGGCAGAUGCCGAGUAUCGCAAGACAGACAAAGGCACGGUCAUUCGGUCCGCGUUCUAUCGAGACUAUCAGGAGCAGAUCGACUUGAUUUAUGACUCUGAGGAUGCGCAAGGAGACAAAGUGCUGGAGGGAGACGAGUUGCUUGACUUUCUGCGAGAGCAACUGCUGCAGAUCGCGCCUUCCAUCGAGCCUUCCAGCCUGAACAACACCACCGAUAUAUUCGGCCUUGGAGUUGACAGUCUGCAGUCUAUCCGACUACGAAGCGUUAUUCUUAAGACCCUUGACCUGAAGGGGCAGAAGAUAUCCCAGAAUUUUGUUUUCGAGAACCCGUCUGUGCAGGCGAUGGCUGACGAGCUGACCCGCUUGUUUUUGGGCGACUCCAAGGAAGAAGUCCCCGUGGAAGAUCGCAUGCAGAAUCUGAUCCGGAAAUACACAGAGCAAAUUCCAGCGCAUAUCUCCCUAUCCCGCGAUUACGACGGCGAGCACGUCGUCGUGACCGGCGCCACUGGUUCUCUUGGCGCCCACGUUGUCGCCCAGCUGGCCCGAUCCGACAAUGUUCGUCGCAUCUAUUGUUUGGUUCGAGCGAAGACCAAGCAUGCUGCCUAUCGUCGAGUGCGCCAGUCCUUGCGCGACCGUGCCGUUCUCGAGGAUUUGACCUCCGAUGUUCAACGCAAGAUUGUCGCGUUGCCUUCGGACCUUUCGGACGGCAAGCUGGGACUAGAUUUCGACACGUACCAUGAGCUGAUGGAGUGUGCGACGGCCGUGAUUCACUGCGCUUGGUCUGUCAAUUUCAGUUGGUCUCUCGAAAGCUUUGAACAGAGCUGCAUUGCCGGCACGCGAAAUCUGCUCGGUUUCUGCCUCAAUGUUCGAGCUCCCCAACCGGCGCGCUUUUCAUUCUGCUCAUCCGUGAGUACCGUCGCAAGGACCCCCGGGGGCUGGGCGCCCGAGGCAUUGCCCGAGUCCUUGAGCUACGCUCAGAAUAUGGGAUAUGCGCAAUCGAAGUUGGUGACGGAGCAUAUUGUGAAUCGAGUUGCUCAGCAAACAGGCAUGUCUGCGCGCGUGCUUCGCGUGGGCCAGAUCAUUGGCGAUACGGUCCACGGCAUCUGGAAUGAUUCGGAGGCGAUUCCCAUGAUACUGCAGACUGCGAAGACGAUUGGCGCACUGCCUCAGCUGGACGACGUUCUCUCGUGGACGCCUGUCGACACGAUCGCGAGCAGCGUCAUCGACUUGACUCUGGCAGAAGAUGCGGGUGAAGUGAUGAACGUGACAAACCCGAUACUGAAGCAUUGGACCUACGACCUCCUUCCGCUACUCAAACAAGCUGGCCUGGACUUCGAGGUGGUAGACCGACAGGAAUGGCUGCGUCGACUGCUCAAUUCCAACCGGGAUCCGGCCGCCAAUCCACCGAUCAAACUGUUGCCAUUUUUCGCCAAUAAGUACGGCCACAAUCACUCGAAGUCUUUUCUAUUUUACAGCACCAACCUGGCACAGGCUGCCGCGCCCGCUCUUCGUCAGGCAGGCGGACUCACCCAAGAGCUCGUCACUCGGUUUGCUCGGUACUUCCAAAACGAAUGCUGGAAUCAGACCGCAAGCAGUCCACCCAUCUCCGCACAAAGGACUAGCGAGGUCAUCUUCCUUAUAGGCCCCUGCGGCUGUGGCAAAACCACCGCAGCGCAUGCUAUAACUGAGCGACUGGGUCUCCCCGUCAUCGAGGGCGACGACAUGCACUCUCCAGCUGCCCGAAAGAAGAUGAGCAACAAGAUCCCCUUAACGGACGAAGACCGAUGGGAGUGGCUGGCACAUAUCCGAGGCGCCGUCAUGGACCGGUUACAGCAGCACCGCGACAUUCCUGGAUUAGUCGUUACCUGCUCCGCUCUGCGCACUGUCUACCGCGACCGUCUGCGCCGGCUCUCCGAGCUAUUUGACUUCCCGGUUGGGGUCACCUUCUUGCUGCUUGAUAUUCACGACAAAGAGAAGUUGGAAGAUAGAUUGGUUGCUCGCUCGGAGGGUGAGGGUCACUAUAUGGCUGCGUCGAUGGUUGACUCGCAACUGGAGCUGCUGGAGGAACCCGAUAUGUCGGAAGGCGAUAUCAUUCGGGUGAAUUCUAGCCAGGGGAAGUGGGAUAUGCUGCGCGAUGUGGAGGCCCGGGCGAACAGCAUUCUAUGAUUUUUGACUUCUUUUGAUUACCUUUCUUAUCACUUUUGUUGGCUUUCGUUCUGCUUAUCAUUUGUUAGGUCUUGGGUACGCGUUUGUUUCUCGGUCUGGCGUUUUAUUGGACAGUCAUUUUGCUGUAAGUAGAUGACGUUGAAUAAGAAG